CCCCAUAAACUUCUUUCUCCUCUUUCCCAAAUUCUCUCUCCGAGGGUCUUUCUUCUUCCUUCCCGCGAUCGAUCUCAAGAAUGGUGAGAGGAUCAAACAACCAACAGUUCAAAGAUAAGGCCAAGAAUCGCGUCGCCGAUCUCGAGGGGAUGUUCACCGAUCUCCAGUCCGCUCGCCUCGAGGAGCAAGUUCAUCAGUUGCUGCGAGAGUGGAAGGCAGAGCUAUGCGAGGCCUCUCCCGGCAAUUCUCUAAUCGGGGAUUGUAAGGGAGAUUCGGAUCUCUCGUCGGAGAUAUGGAGGUUGCUGCACAUUGGAGAGGAGGAGGAUGACGCGACCAGUAAGUUGGAGGAGAUUGUGGCGGUCAAUUCGAAGGCUGAGCCGGCCGAAUCGGGGCAUGAGAAUGGGUUGGGGGGAUUUCAAGGGGAAGAAGUUACUGUUUUUGAGCAGGAACAUUUUGUUAAUCAGGAACUAUCAAAACACGGGUUCCUGAAUAUUGACGAGUACAAAAGCACCCCUCCUACAGGAUCCCACCAUGCUGUCAGUAGUUGUUCAGAAAAGACUAAUGGUUUGAGUUACGAGCAGUUUAAUCUGCAUGAGGAAGUGCAACGUAGCCAUUAUAUCAAUAAUUUCGAGGGAACUUUACAGAAUGGUGGAAAUAUUCCCCAUCAUCAGGAAUUGUCUCACAUCUCAGAAUGGCUCCCAGCAAUAUCCCCUCCAGCUUCUGCUUUCUUGAACCCGAAAUGUGCACUCUGGGACUGCCCAAGACCUGCAGAAGGAAAACGAUGGUGUCAAGACUAUUGCUGCAGCGGUCAUGCUUCUCUGGCAUUGAGUGAGGGUCUUCCUGGUAUGAACCCUGUGCUAAGGCCUGGAGGAAUUGAUCUGAAAGACGGUCCACUUUUUGCCGCUCUUGCUGCGAAAACACAGGGAAAGAUUGUUGGUAUCCCAGAAUGUGAAGGGGCUGCAACUACGAAGUCUCCAUGGAAUGCCCCAGAGCUUUUCGAUCUGUCUUUUCUCGAGGGUGAAUUGCUAAGAGAAUGGCUCUUCUUUGAUAAGCCUAGGAGAGCAUUCGAAAGUGGGAGCCGGAAACAAAGGUCACUGCCAGAUUACAAUGGGCGUGGUUGGCAUGAGUCUAGGAAGCAAGUAAUGAAGGAGUUUGGAGGACUAAAGAGGUCCUAUUAUAUGGAUCCACAACCACUGAACAACUGCGAAUGGCAUCUCUUUGAGUAUGAGAUCAACAGCUGUGAUGUCUGUGCUUUGUACAGAUUAGAACUAAAGUUUGUUGACUCAAAAAAGAGCUCAAAGGCAAAGGUAGCAAGUGAUUCUCUUGUAGAUCUUCAGCGUCAAAUGGGGCGGCUUAAUGCAGAGAAUGCUAAAGAUAACAGGCGAUAUUCAAAAGGAAGGACAAAGGCUAACCAGAAGGUUGUUAGUGAAAAUUUUUAUUCAGCUGCCGACUUAGCUAAUCAGAAGGUCAAUGAUCUCCAUUUUUAUGAAAGUUCUGAUCAAAUGGGGUAUAUUAACGGGAACCCUGUUUAUGGACCAAGUCUUCCUUAUGGUUUCUCAAUCGAGGACUUAAAACAGUACUAUGGAACAUAGGCAUACAGGCACAAGAUUAUGAUCAUGAGAAGAUGGGUUACAGACUUUGGUUCGCUCUUCACAAAAACCGAGCGUGGUAUAUUUGUCAGUAACCAAAUUUUAGUUUUUGGCCCUUCCACAUUCUGCAGCAACCUCUAAAAUUUGAGAAUGUAUAGCGACAACUCCUUCCUGCGUACAUAGUUCACUAGAUGAAGCAGUUAUAUGGCCUCACCACAAUGUGAAUGUAUAGUGACAACUCCUUCCUGCGUAUAUAGUUCGCUAGAUGAAGCAGUUAUAUGGCCUCACCACAAUGUGCAUGUAAACUGCACAUGUGGGCUCAGUUUAAUUUUGGGCACGAUAUAUGCUUUAACUAUGUUAAUAACAUCAUUGUGUACAUACAGGUUUUUUUGACUUGAAACUGAAUCUGAGAGCAUUUUCUCGAUGCAUCUAAUAUGUAAGCGGUAGUGACAUCUAAAUUUACAAAAGUCUUUUGAGUA